GCAACCUUUUGCAACAUGAGCGACAAGAUGCAGCACAGCACCGUCGGUCGUCUCCACGAUCCUCUCUCUCAGUUCAAUGUCUACGAGGAUUAUCUGGACUCUAAAGUCACCCCGAUGGACAUGUUUUACCUAAAGAGCAGGAAGUUUGCCCGUACGCUGGUGGAGAACGGCCACAAGGGCAGGGUCCUGAGCAGGAAGGAAUUUGAGGAGAGGAAAGCAGCUGCGCAAGCUGCAGAGGCUGCAAAGAGCAACGUUUUCUACAACAGGAGCCGGCCCGUGACACUGGCAAGUGCAGGAAAAGAACUCAAAGAUAACUUCCUGAAAGCCCUGGCAGAGCGAGAGGAGGCCAACCGCAGUGGGAAAAUGACUUCGGUCAUUUUCAUAAGGGAUCAUAAUACUCUUGGACAGGAAGUAUCUGGCUAUAUAGACUACGCCCACAGACUCAAGUCCCAAGAUUUUGAACCAUUUUUCAGCGGAAAGAAGAGACUCCUGCCAGGACGCCCGGAUUUAUGCUACUACAAUUGGGAGACGCAGGUGUCCACGUCCAACUCCAGUCCCAACUUUGAGGUGCUUUAUGAUGACCCUAACGGCCUUCUCUUCAGGAACAAGAGGGACAAAAAGAUCCUGAAUGUGGACCCGUUGUCUGGUCCCGGCGAGGACUCCAAGAGGACAUUCCUACAGUCGGACCUCUACGCCCACGCUGUCAUCUACGACCACAACAUCAGGACAGUCUAAGCUUCAGAGGCGGCUGCCAACACGUGCAUACAUAUGGCACAUAUUGAGAGAGCCACUGAAAGCCUCUAAUUUGACUGAGCUGCUGUAGUUGCUCCAUCAUUUGCAAAGCUGUUCCCCUCAUAUCAUGCAUGCCAUCUGGGUGGAGGUGCUACAGUGAAUAAAAUGACUGUAAACUGAGGAUUCCCAGAGGAAGAAGUGGACGGGCUAGUGUGACGGCCUGUAAGUUUCCAUGCAAAUGUCCUGAGCUUUGGCCUUAAAUUCUUCUUCGUUGCAUUGAUUUAAGAACAAGUCACAGUUGAUUCUUUUAUUUUUGUUUUUAUUUUUGCCGACAAGUCUUUUUUAGAAGUUUUCAGAUAACCUGCUCAGAGACCCCAAGCUUGUCCCCUCGUUGGCUCUGGCAUGUUUUGUGCUGUUUGUCUAAACAAAUUAAAGGCGUAAGAGCUUUGAAAGAGGAUGGAGGCUGCUUUUAUGUCCUCCCCCAGGCUGCGGUAGCUCCAAUCGGACUGGAAGAUUGGGUAAUGGGCUUAAAGCAUUCCGCAUGUUCCCAGAUGCAAGGCAAACUCCCCGAGACAUCAAAGUGCUUUAUCAUUUACAUAUUAGUCAUCGGUGAAGCUUUUAAUGGAAGUCUACAAAUAAAUACUCAACAUAAAUUAUUCAGACUGUCAAGAAGAACUUAAGCAACUUGCUCCCUUUUAAUAUCAGGAUUUUAAUUUUGCAGCAACACAUGGGAAUAAAGAGUUCCACACAGGUAACAUCUGUAUCUCUUAGUAAACAGAUGUUUCCUCUUGACAGUUUCCAUCUCAGCUCAGCACUGCACUUAAUUUCUAAUGUUAUUUUAUUAUAACGUUAUCUUUAUUUUCUUUUUCUGAAUUACAGUUUCUAUGGAAGUCAAAAUAUAGCCAGCAGCAGUUUAGCUUAGUUUAGCUAGGUGGAUAAUUGACAUGUUAAAUCUUCUUUUUGUGUGUUUUUAAUCCAGAGAGUAGCUUAACAUUGAUCUUUUCAUAUGAUAGUGAUAUCACCCUUCUAUUUCUUUCUCCUAAUUUCCUUUCAUGCGUUUCACUGGAUUCUUCAAAGGCCCUCGAGGCAAUUUGUGUCGCUACUGAUGCUGUAUAAAUAAAACUUAAUAUGAACUGAACUGAGUCGUGAGAAAUAAAACAAGUGCAGUUCCCAAA